CUGAAACACAGUCUGCUUUCUAAUAGUGAAAGUAAAAGCAUCAGAGACCCCUUUUCUCUCAUUUCUCCUAUCUGAGGUUUGCACAUCACUUGUUUUCCACCGGACUCCCUGUACAUCGAGUAACUGGACUGAGAUUUUACCUUCAAAAUGGUUCAAGGAAUUACCAGAUGUUUUGUCAUGGUCCUUGGGAACACCAUGGAUUCCCACAAGACCUUCAUGGAUCAUCUCACAAUAUCACCAAGGCUUCGUGAAGUCCAUUCCAUAAAGGACAGUGAUGUCAUCAUUGCUUUUGUCCCAAUCGUGUCUCGAGUUGGUACUGACAUUCAGGCUGCAAUGAAUGAGAUUCCUAAGGAUAAGCCUGUUGUUCUCGUGAUGCUCCACCACACCUUUAAUCCAGAUGCCGUUGUUCCAGAUGUCAGAUCCUAUGUGUACAGGGAGGAUGUGUUUGUUGUAGAUUGUCUCUUUCAUGAAGAUCAAGGGUUGUUGAGAUCCCCGCGCAACGACGACGCAAUCAGAGCCGUGAAGAAUCACCUGAACAGAGAGGAUCACUCUAAGAAAACACAACGACUCUACUGCCCACUGCUGAUGGACUGGAGAGUUUGCCAUUGGAUAGUCCUUGGUGUAGUUAUUGGUGCAGCUAUUGGUGCAGCUAUUGGUGCAAGUAUUGGUGCACAUGGUGGUGCAGGAAUUACCAGAUCUUUUGUCAUGGUCCUUGGGAACACCACGGAUUCCCACAAGACCUUUAUGGAUCAUCUCACAAAAUCACCAAGGCUUUGUGAAGUCCAUUCCAUAAAUGACAGUGAUGUCAUCAUUGCUUUUGUCCCAAUCGUGUCUCGACCUGGUGUUGACAUUCAGGCUGCAAUGAAGAAGAUUCCUAAGGAUAAGUCUGUCGUUCUCGUGGUGCUCCACCACACCUUUAAUCCAGAUGCCGUUGUUCCAGAUGUCAGAUCCUAUGUGGACAGGGAGGAUGUGUUUGUUGUAGAUUGUCUCUUUCAUGAAGAUCAAGGGUUGUUGAGAUGCCCGCGCAACGACGACGCAAUCAGAGCCGUGAAGAAUCACCUGAUCAGAGAGGAUCACCCUGAGGUGGAUGGCAGCUUUAACUAUCAGAUAUUCCUUGGUGCAGUUAUUGGUGCAGUUAUUGGUGCAGUUAUUGGUGGAGUUAUUGUUUCAAGGUUUGGUGUGUAUUGUGCUGCGGGAGCUGAUGGGCGUUGUGGUGCACGUGGUGGUGCAGGAAUUACCAGAUCUUUUGUCAUGGUCCUUGGGAACACCAUGGAUUCCCACAAGACCUUUAUGGAUCAUCUCACAAUAUCACCAAGGCUUCGUGAAGUUCAUUCCAUAAAGGACAGUGAUGUCAUCAUUGCUUUUGUCCCAAUCACGUCUCGAGCUGGUACUGACAUUCAGGCUGCAAUGAAGAAGAUUCCUAAGGAUAAGCCUGUCAUUCUCGAGAUGCUCCACCACACCUUUAAUCCAGAUGCCAUUGUUCCAGAUGUCAGACCCUAUGUGGACAGGGAGGAUGUGUUUGUUGUAGAUUGUCUCUUUCAUGAAGAUCAAGGGUUGUUGAGAUGCCCGCGCAACGACGACGCAAUCAGAGCCGUGAAGAAUCACCUGAUCAGAGAGAAUCACCCUGAGGUGGCCUGCAGCUUUAACUAUUGGACAGUCCUUGGUGCAGUUACUGGUGCAGUUAUUGGUGCAGUUUUUGGUGCAGUUAUUGUUUCAAGUAUUGGUGCGCAUUGUGAUGCAGGUGCUGAUGCAGGAAUUACCAGAUGUUUUGUCAUGGUCCUUGGGAACACUAUGGAUUCCCACAAGACCUUUAUGGAUCAUCUCACAAAAUCACCAAGGCUUCGUGAAGUUCAUUCCAUAAAGGACAGUGAUGUCAUCAUUGCUUUUGUCCCAAUCGCGUCUCGACCUGGUACUGACAUUCAGGAUGCAAUGAAGAAGAUUCCUAAGGAUAAGCCUGUCGUUCUCGUGAUGCUCCACCACACCUUUAAUCCAGAUGCCGUUGUUCCAGAUGUCAGAUCCUAUGUGUACAGGGAGGAUGUGUUUGUUGUAGAUUGUCUCUUUCAUGAAGACCAAGGGUUGUUGAGAUGCCCGCGCAACGACGACGCAAUCAGAGCCGUGAAGAAUCACCUGAACAUAGAGGAUCACCCUGAGGUGGACCACAACUCUCAGAAAGUCCAUGCUGCAGGUACUGGUGCAUGUGAUGUUACUCAUUAUGGUGCAGAUGCAGUUGUUCCAAAAAUCAAACCCUAUGUGGACAGGGAGGAUGUGUUUGUUGAAGGUCGUCUCUUUCAUGAAGACCAAGGGUUGUUGAUAUCCCCGAGCAACGACGACGCAAUCAGAGCCGUGAAGAAUCACCUGAACAUAGAGGAUCACCCUGAGGUGGACCACAACUCUCAGAAAGUCCAUGCUGCAGGUACUGGUGCAUGUGAUGUUACUCAUUAUGGUGCAGAUGCAGUUGUUCCAAAAAUCAAACCCUAUGUGUACAGGGAGGAUGUGUUUGUUGUAGAUUGUCUCUUUCAUGAAGACCAAGGGUUGUUGAGAUCCCCGCGCAACGACGACGCAAUCAGAGCCGUGAAGAAUCACCUGAACAUAGAGGAUCACCCUGAGGAGGAUUGCAACUCAUGCAAGUGGAAAGAUGCAAUUAUGAAACAUUUCAAGAUCAAUUUGGUGAUUGGGCUAGUUAGUGGUGCAGUUACGGGUGCAACUAUUUCUCGGGAUCGAGCUGUUGGUGCAUUUUUUGGUGCAGUUAUUGGUGCAGUUACUAGUGCAGGUACUGGUGCAGUUACUGGUGCAGUUACUGGUGCAGUUACUAGUGCAGGUAUUGGUGCAGUUACUGGUGCAGGUACUGGUGCAGUUACUGGUGCAGUUAUUAAUGCGGUUAUAUAGUUUAUUAAUUAAUGAUUUAAUUCAUGAUUAAAAACAGUUCAGUCUGCAUGGUGUUUCAUCCUUGAGCUUCUUCUAGAUUUAUAUCAAUAAUAUAAUGUAAUGAUUUACAGUAUUAGUGCUUAGUGCAGGUCUUCAUGUCCUCCUGCUGAAGACUGCAUGUGCUUUACACUGUGGCUUUGUAGGGUUUAGGAGAACAGAAAUCAUAUCUGUAUAUAGAUUAUAAUAUAGUCUUAUUAUAUGAGAGACUAUAGACACAGAUUAGCUUCAUCAUCUCUCUCUUUAACCUACAUCUAUCACUUGUUGCUUUGUGGGAGCUUUGUUUCCUCACCAAACCUCACUGAGUGUCACUCUGGAUUGAAACGUCCUUGUGAUUUUUGUCUAGUCUGUGAAUAUGUGUGUGUGUGUGUGUGUGUGUGUGUGUGUGCGCUCUGUUUAAGUCCCUCAGCAUGGACAUGAAAUCAGAUGUGACAUGACAGUUUGAGAGAGAGAGAGAGAGAGAGAGAGAGAGAGAGUCAUUACUUGAUUAAUGCUGACACAAUGUUCAAUGAAAAUAUUUCAAUAUUUCAUUUAUUCAUUUAUUUUAAUAAUACAUAUUAAAUAUUUAAAAAAAAAUUGUAACAAUACCUGAACAUUUCCAUUUCAGUCUGCAUAUGUGAUUGAUUUCUGUAUCUUAGUGUAAUGUUUACAGGUGCCUUUUUCUCCCAGUUUAAUCCCUAAGCUCAUUUCUGACCAUCUCAAGAAAGAGUUCAGUUGAGGAGAGUUUACAAAGCUGAUAAAUCACACUGCUCAGAUUCACCACAUGCAGCCAGCAGUUCACUGUUCAUCAUGAAGUAAUAGAAUUUCUCAGUCCAGCUAAAUAUAUGAAGAAUUCUGUGUAAAAUGUAGUGUGUGUCUUAUGUAUUGUCAUUUUUAUAAAAGUGUCUGGUGAAUAAAUAAAUGAAACGAAUAAAGUGAAUAAAAAGAAAA